AAUAAAAAAAAUCUUUUAUCAAAUGUCUUUAACUUUAGUUACAGAAUUUCAAUUAAAAUAUAAAUGAGCAAUAAAUAUGUUGAAGUGUUAUGCCCAAAUGGAAAAAGGGUAAAAGUAAAGACACAACCUCAAAUGACUGCAUUGCAGAUUUUACAAGAUGUUUGUGAAAAGGAAAAAGAAUACGAUGAAAAUGAACAUGAGUUAAAGCAUCAAAACAAACUUAUUUCAUUAUCAUCAUUGGUGCGCUUUUUGAACUUUGCAAAUAAUGCAAAGCUUGAAAUGGUUAAAUCUCUCAAUCCGAGAAAAGGGUUGGAUGGGGCAAUAAUUAUUGCAUUGCAAUUGGAAGAUGGAACCAGGCACCAGUACAGUUUCUCAACAAAUCAGUCAUUAUUGGAUGUUCUCAAACAGACUGAACAAACAAGUGGGCUAGUGUUGACCAAACCGGAAGCUGUAUGUAUUUAUAUGCAACAUGAGUACAAAGGAUUAAGUCUUUUAGCUGGAACAACAUUAAAAUCAAUGGGAAUCCUACAGGGAAGAGCAGUCAUUAGAUUGCUUUUUCGUGAUGAUGCUGUCUUAGAAAGUGAAAGUGCUCAUGUUGUUGAGCCCAACUCAAAAAAGGUGAAGCGAUGUGAUUCUGCAACUGGUUUGUCUAGUGGUUCAUCUACUGUUUCAGCUACUGUUUUGUCUGCAGCUUUGUCUACUAGUUCAUCCGAAGUUCCAUCUCUAAUAACUAAUGAAAGUUAUUCUGAUUUGGAAACAUCAAAUCUUAUUUUACCUAAAUCCCCUCAAUAUAAAAUAUUUCCAGAUGAGGUUGAAUCAAGUUCACCUGUUUUAUCUGAAUGUACAUACGAUUCUCAUUUUUCUUCUACCUUUAUCGAUAAAACAAAAACUGAGUUUUCCAACUUUAAAUUUCCUGAUUCUAGUGACAAAGAUUUAGACGUUAUUGAUCCAGACCAGAUUCGAGAUGAAGUCCUCAUGUCAAUGCCUUGUGAUCGUGAAGCUGUGGUUUUUUCAAUGUCAACUUUUAAUAAAGAAAAUUCUUCAGAAGAAUCUUCUUCUAUGGAAGAUGAAACAAGAGGAAACUUACAAGCUGAACCAGAUGAAAACUUUUUUAAGCUCACUAUAGAUGAUUUGCGUUCAAGACUAACAGAUAUUAAAGCAGAACUAGCUGCAAAAGACGAAGCAAUGUUAAUGACAAAAGCAAUGCGAGAAAAAAAAGAAAUGGAAAAGAUAUCUAGCAUUGGAAAAAUUGCAAUUAGGUUCCAGUUCCCAGAUAAAAUAGUUGUUCAAGCUUUUUUCAGACCAUUAGAAACUGUUCAAGUUUUGAAAGAAUUUCUUGAUUCCUAUGUUUCAGAAGAUAUCUUAAAAUACGAAAUGUUUACAACUCCCCCUCGUAUUUUUCUUAAAGACAUGAAUGCAACACUGUAUCAGGCAAAGCUAUUUCCAUCAUCUAUAAUUCAUAUAUCUACUACAAGUACCUAUCAUAGCUAUUUAAAAUCAAUUUAUUUGGAAAAAAUGCAUUCGUGGGCCGAAGCAGAUGAUCUAGUGUCGUCUAUAAGAAAGCGAUCAAAUCCUGAAUCUGAACUUGAUAAUCAUAAAGAAUUUAAAACAUUACAUUCUUCAAAUGUUUCAACCUUACCGAGAUCAUCUACUUCAUCUUUGCCAAAAAAAGAAUCGUCUCAAGGAAAGCCUAAAUGGUUCAAAACUGGAAAGUAACUUUCGUAUCGCCUAAAUUCAUAAUGUUAAUUUUUGUAAAAUGUUGUAUUUAUAGAAUAUAAUGUUAUUGUAA